AUGGACCAUGAAAACGUUGUAAAAAUCCAUGAUAUUAUAACGUCAAACACAUUUGAAGAGAUGAAAGAUAUCUAUAUUGUUGAAUGUUUCAUGGAAACUGACCUGUGUCGCUUACUAAAGACACAGAAAUUAAGCAAUGAUCAUAUUUGCUACUUUUUAUAUCAAAUGCUUAGAGGCCUCAAGUACAUACAUUCUGCAAAUGUUCUUCAUAGGGAUCUUAAGCCAUGCAACAUCUUGUUGAAUGCAGCGUGUGACUUAAGAAUCUGUGAUUUUGGUUUAGCUCGUAUAGCUGAUCCAGAAUCAGAACAAUCGGGUACAUUAACAGAGUAUGUGGCUACACGUUGGUAUCGUGCACCAGAAAUAAUGCUUACAUCGAAAUUAUAUACUAAAGCAAUUGAUAUUUGGUCAAUUGGUUGUAUUAUGGCUGAAAUGCUUAGUAAUCGUGUUCUAUUCCCUGGAAAACAUUAUAUUGAUCAAUUAAACUUGAUAUUACAAGUUUUAGGUUCACCAUCAAAAGAAGACUUUGAAACAAUUGUAAAUCUUAAAAAUUUUUGUAAUCGUAUUCAGAAAGAAAUAUUUACCAUUCGCUUUAUGUUACUUCAGGCUCGUGCCUAUUUAGAAUCAUUGCCACAUCGUACAAAAGUACCAUGGAAACAAUUAUAUCCAUACGCUAGUGAAUCAGCGCUGGAUUUAUUGGACAAGUUACUAUGCUUUGUUCCAUCACGACGUAUAACAGUUGAAGAUGCCUUAGCUCAUCCAUAUUUAGAACAGUACUAUGAUCCAACAGAUGAACCUGUCUUUGAACGUCCAUUUGUUCAACAACCAGAUAAUUUUCCUAAAGAAAAGUUGAAAAUUCUUAUAUGGGAAGAAAUUCAACGAUAUCGUAAUAAUAAAACUAUCAAUGAUCUAGUUUAUAUUAAUAAUACAAAAGUUGAACAUAUAGAUCAUCAAUCAGAUAAUUUGGUUUCAGAUGGUACAAUAACAUCAGGAAUUAUACCAGUCAAUCACAACAACAACAACAACCCCAACCUUAAUCUUAAUUCCAAAUUCCAAUCCACUAUCAUAAUACAUUGA